AUGCUGCACCGGUUUCAAUUCCUGCAAAAUUUGUGUCACGAUGGAAGUAUUGCGAGUGCUAUCCGAAGUGAGCAGACCUCUUGCUCCCAGCUUCCUCAAAAGUUCUUGCAUUGUGAUUGGCCUACGCAGGAGGAUUUAACUGGCGGAUUAGAAGGAGGUGGAGGAGGAAUUUCACUUGGUUUGAAACGUUUUGGAGGAGGUGUGAAUAUUUGUGAAGCAACGGGUGGGGGUUUUUACAUCCCUGAAGAGAACGAUUGCAUUCAGUGUGAAGGUCCUAAAGACAGUUCACUCUUCAUUCCAGAUUCACCAUUAAAAUCUUCUUCAGUAUCAGAAGAACCACUUGAAGAAGAAGACAAAGACGAUUUCUCGGUCUUCUUCAUCUCGUCAAGGAAUACCUCUCUACUAAUCCUUUGA